ACACUCACGACUUUGAUCUGCAGUCCUCACUUUCCCCUAAGAGGCCAAACCUGUAGUUCAAAAAACCUUCAAUUUUGGGGCAAAUUGGGGAUCUGCUUUUUGACUCUGCCCUGAAAGCAGUGGCUAAUGACCACUGAAAACUGUCUGAUCUGCCGAGUGUGCCCGGUUAUUUUCUGUUUUUUUUAAUUGUCACGAGGCUAUUCGGCCCAUUAUAUUUGUGUCUAAACCCUGCAGAAACUGCUCAGUGGCUCCCAAUCCAUUGCCUGUCCCUGCAGCCCUCGUACUGAUUCUGCGGUUUGCGAGCUCUGCAGAGAAUCUGCAUCGGAACAAUAUUUAUGAAAAAAAACCACACACUGCAAUGUAUAAAAUGCCAGGGUUCGGCUGAAGGUGGGAAGGCUCCGCCCCCGAGUGGAGAGGCUGAGCUUGUUGUUCACACUCUGCAGCGGGUUACUGUGUGCGAGAGACUUCCCCAAGUGGGGAGCUGGUGACAGACCGCGGGAGAAAGGGGGUGUUUGCGCACAGGGCGGCAGCAGCAAUUUCCCGCGGACUUGGCGGCGGCUCUCGGGCGGGCAGUGCAGCCUCCCCCCACCCCCCCUUUCUCUCUCUCUCUCUGUCUGCCUCUCCUCCAAGCGCCUCAGUCGGUCGGUCACUCGGCUUCGGCCGCGCCAUUUUACAGCUUGGAGGUGUUGAGCUGCAGGUGAAAGGGACAGACCGGUGGCAUGGAGAAAUACGAAAAGAUCGCCAAAAUCGGCGAGGGCUCUUACGGCGUGGUGUUCAAGUGCAGGAAUAAAGACACCGGCCAGAUCGUGGCGAUUAAAAAGUUUGUGGAGUCUGAGGAUGAUCCGGUUAUUAAGAAGAUCGCUCUCCGAGAGAUCCGGAUGCUGAAGCAACUCAAACAUGCCAAUCUUGUCAACUUGAUUGAGGUGUUCAGAAGAAAACGAAGGCUUCACUUAGUUUUUGAGUACUGUGAUCACACCGUGUUAGAUGAAUUGAACCGAUACCCCACAGGGGUACCAGAUCAUUUAGUGAGGAGAAUUACGUGGCAAACACUGCAAGCUGUGAACUUUUGCCAUAAGCACAAUUGUAUACAUAGGGAUGUAAAACCAGAAAAUAUCUUAAUUACAAAACAUCACGUCAUUAAACUUUGUGAUUUUGGUUUUGCCAGGAUAUUAACUGGUCCAGAAGAUUACUACACAGAUUACGUAGCAACGCGUUGGUAUCGCGCCCCAGAGCUGUUGGUUGGAGAUACACAAUAUGGCCCUCCAGUGGAUGUUUGGGCAAUCGGCUGCCUUUUUGCAGAAUUGUUAUUUGGAGCCCCCUUGUGGCCAGGAAAAUCAGAUGUUGAUCAGCUUUAUCUGAUUAGAAAAACACUAGGGGAUUUGAUUCCUCGGCAUCAACAAGUCUUCAGUUCAAACCAGUUCUUCAGUGGAGUCAGCAUACCAGUGCCUGAUAUGGUGGAACCUUUAGAAAUGAAGUUUUCAAAUAUUUCACAACAUGCUCUUGGAUUAAUGAAGUUGCAGUACUUACCACAACUUACCAGCAGCAAUAUACCUCCAUCCAUGGAAAGCAAGAAGUACUUCAAGCAGAAAUAUAAUUACCAUCUACCAAAUAUUUAAACAAGUGACAAUAACGUACCAAGUUACAAAAGAUAC